AUGCCACCCAGGCCCAAGGAAAAUGUCUGGAACUAUCCCAGACCCCCCGCCCUCCAGCCGACGAGCGCCAGGCUGCGAGUGAUCUGGGUCACCCCCUCCAAGCAGGAGCUCACCAUUGCCGACACGACGCAGGGCUACCGCGUCCUCGAGACCUCGCACCCGCCCACCUACUACUUCCCUCCCAGCAGCGUGCGCACCGACCUCAUCCGCCCCUCAAAGGCCAGGAGGACCAUGUGCGAGUGGAAGGGAACCGCCGCCUACCACGACCUCCAGUUCAGCGAGGAGCAGGGCCCCGUCGUGCCUGCCAGGAUCUGGUCCUACCCUGAACCCACCCCGGCCUUCUCCAAGAUCAAAGACUACCUCUGCUUCUACGCCUCGUCCAAGACCGACCCCGACAGGCUCGGUCACUGGAAAUGCAUGGUCGACGACGACGAGGUCGUCGCCCAGGAGGGAGACUUCUACGGCUCCUGGAUCACUCCUGAGAUCCACGGCGGAGACAAGGGCUUCAAAGGAGGCCCAGCAAUUAACGUGGCAAGCUCCAGCAGCGGGUCGCGCGACCCCAUGGCUGCGUACAAGGGCCUCACGUUUGCCGAGACGCUCGAGGACCUCAGCAGUCGCUUCAUUGUCAACUUGCCCGCCGACGAGCUUGCAAGCAUCGAGCGCAUCUGCUUCCAGGUCGAGCAAGGCCACUGGUUCUACGAAGACUUUCUGCGCCCGCUCAACCCGUCGCUCCCAUCGCUGGGCCUGCGGCGUUUCUCGUCGUACCUCCUCCACACGUCGUCGAUCGCCGUGCCCCUCAUCCAGCGGUACAUCACCGGCAACGGCGGCAACCAGGAUCUCGAGGCGGCCUUCGAUGACUUCAUGAAGUACAAGACGCGGGUGCCCGUGUGCGGAGCCAUCCUGCUCGCGCAAGACUGGAACAAGUGUUUGCUGGUCAAGGGCUGGAAGUCGUCGGCGGCUUGGGGUUUCCCGAAGGGCAAGAUCAACCAGGACGAGCCGGAGCGCGACUGUGCGAUCCGCGAGGUCCUCGAGGAGACGGGCUACGACUGCGAGUCUCUCCUGCCGCCGGACAGCGAAGACUACCUCGACCUCACGAUGAGGGAGCAGCGGAUCCGGCUCUACAUCGUCCCCGGAGUCAGCGACCAGACAAAGUUCGAAGCGCAGACGCGCAAGGAGAUUUCCAAGAUUGCCUGGUUCCGGCUGGGCGACCUGCCGACGUGGAAGAAGAGCAAGGAACCGCCGCCGGGCAUGGGCGGCAAGUUCUACCUCAUCUCGCCCUUCAUCGGCAGGCUCAAGCAGUGGAUCCACGCCAACAAGCACAGCCACCCGAACCGGCCUCGCUCCGCCCAGCCUGCACCGGGAGCGGGCGACGCAGGAGUGACCGCCCCCAAGGGCGUUGCUGCGGCGGCCGACUACGAUGCAGCCACGUCGUCGCCUGCGCCCGCGGCCAAGGCCGCGUCGGCUGUCCCCGCCUUUCCCGACAGCAGCAGCCUCUUUCCCACCUUCUCGACCGGUGCUACUAGCCAACAGAAGCCUGGGCCGCUGCCGGCUCCGCCCACGAGCGAAAAGCUCAAGGCUCUGCUGGGCCUCGGCACUGGCGCCUCGGAGACGGAUGCCGUGCCGGUGGGUCAGCCCCGCUCCCAAGCCGGUUUGGACGGUCUCGGCGCGAAAAUGAUCGAGGCGAGCGGCGAUCCUCGUGGCAAGGAGUUGCUAGACCUUCUCCGAGGACCCGGUGCUGUCCCCUCCGUGGGUACAUCGAGCGGUGGUCAGCAUCUGAGCGAGCAACAGCAGCAGCGGGCCGCUUCCCUCCUGGCAGCCCUCAAUGCCGGCCUCGGAGGUGGCGGCGCGGCAGCCAGAAACCAUCAGGAGCAGCAAGGUGGAGCGACGCAGGGAUUGUCGGCCGGCGGCAACCGGGCGCUUCUGGAUCUGAUCAAUUCGUCGCCGCUGCCAGCAAGCCCCGCGGCGCCGCGCCACGCGCCCCCGCAGCCGUCCGAGUCGCCGCUGCCGGCGCCGCGACCGCAGAAGACGAUCCAGGCAGCCAAGCUGCUCAGCAUGAUUUCUCCCUCGUCGUCGACGUUCCUCGACCACCACCGGCAGCCGUCGCAGACUAGCCUCGGCUCGAGCCACGACUCGCCCGCCACCGCAUCAAACGCCGAACACGGCAAGGGCCUGCCCGGCGGCGAGUCAUCGUCGGACAGUGUCUUUGCCGCUCUGAUGGGCGGUUCUGCUCCGUCCGGCGGACAUCAGCAACAGCAGCAGCAGCAGCAGCAGCCACCGACGGCGUCGCCGCAAGCUCCCUCGGGCCAAGCGCAGACGCUGCUGUCGAUGCUGUCGCCCGGGUCAAGUGCGGCAACAGCACAGCCCUACCACUCGCCGCAGGCGCCCCACAGCGGGGCGCACCAAGCGCCGCUGCCGCCGCACUACUUUGGUGCGCCCGCAUCUCCCUCGCAGCACCGGGGAGGAGCGGGGCAGGCGGAUGCGGUGCCGUCCAACGUCGACCUGGCGCGCCUGCUGCACCAAUCGGCCAUGCGCGACGGCAGCCCCAGCACCGCCUCUGGACCGUCGCCCAACGAUAUGCUCGCCAUCCUCUCUGGGUCGCUCGGAGCCAGACCGCCGCCGCUGCCGCAGGCGCACCAACAGCAGCAGCAGCAGCAGCAGCAGCAUCAGUUUCCGCCCCCCUUCUAUGGCGGUAUGCCUCCCGCGGGCAUGAUGCCCUUCCCGCCGCCACCGCAUCAUCAUCAACACCCGCACCCGCAUCCGGGGCCGCCACCGCCGCAUGGCUGGCCAUUCGGCGCACCGGGAUUCGAAGGUGGACAGAGGUAG